AUGGCUGGGGGUGGCCAGGAGACCCCACAAAGCAGCAUGAACCUGCUCCUGGGCACCUUCCUGCUGCUCCUGGUGCUGCCCGAUGCUGCUGGAGGACAGGAGAGCUGUGCCGGUGAGUGGUCCCCUCCAUCCCUGCCCUCGCCCUGGUGCCUGCCCAGUGCCACAGUGCCCAGCGGUCACUUGCUCUCCUCCCCAGCCCUGAGGCGGGGUGACAGGUACCACUGGUGCUGCGACAUGGUGGAGUCAGAGGAGCAAGGCAAUGGGACGCUCAGCCUUGACUUGCCCCGGCGCUGCCCAGAGCUGGAGCGCUCCAGCAGCCCCGCUUGCACCUGCCUGCGGGACCGCUGGCUCAGGUAGUAGGGAGGGGUGGCCAUGGCAGGUUUGGGGGCUCAGCCCCCCACAUCCACUGGUCCCACAGCCCUCCCUCUCUGCAGGCUGCUGCAGUCGGUGGGGCCAGUGCUGCACAGCAGGCUGGCCGGGCUGAAGGUGCUGCUCUUGAACGUCAGCAGGGCUGUCACCCAUGAUGUCCUCAUCACGUUUUCCCCCACAGAGGGCCCCAGGAUGAUGAACAUGACGGAGAAGGCGGCAGGCAAAAUCCAGCUCCCCAGGGAAGUAUUCUGGUCCCUGAGCAGCCGGACAGCACAUGUAGUGGUGACGGUCCUCAACAUCCAGCAGCUUGGCAUGUUCAAGGAGGUCAACCAGACAGGGCAGGUCCUGGAUGACACCGUGGUGGGCAUCACGGUGGGAGAGACAAGCAUUUCUGGGCUGCGGGACCCUGUGAAAUUCACCUUCAACCAUGGGCAGCUGCCCCAUGGUGUCACCCCGCAAUGUGUCUUCUGGGAUCCCAGCAAAGGGCAGGUAGGAGGCUGGAGAAGCAGUGGAUGCGUCACGCAGCCCAGGGACAAGAGGACAGUCUGCUCCUGUGACCAUCUCACCUUCUUCACCCUCCUCCUGAAUCCAGCUUUGGAUGGGUCCACGGCACAAGCCUUGAUGGCUGUUGCCACCGUUGGCUGCGGGGUAGCCAUGGCUUUCUCCAUCUUCACCAUCGCCUUCUGCAUCUUCUUAAGGUGCAGGUUCAGGUCUGAGGAAACCCUCCAAAUCAACCUGGGGCUGCACGUGAACCUGGUGGGCAGCCUGCUCCUCCUCAACCUGGCCUUCCUGCUCAACAUCGGGCUCUCCAGUGGGACCCAGCCGGGGACCUGCAAGGUCCUGGGGGGGCUCACCCACUACUUCCUGCUCUGCUGCUUCACCUGGACGGUGCUGGAGGGCUGUCACCUCUACCUCCUCUUUGUCAAGGUCCUCGGCACCUACAUCCACCACUACCUGGAGAAGCUGUGCCUGAUCGGCUGGGGCUUCCCCACUCUUGUGGUGGGGGUGGCAGGAGUCAUCGGCAGCUACGGAGAAUACAGGAUCCAGACCACAGACCACCAGGUCAUAGCCCACCUGUGCUGGAUUAAUUCCAAACAUCUCCUGGUCCACUACAUCACCAACUGUGGCUACUUCAGCCUCAUCUUCCUCUUCAACAUGGCUGUCUUUGGGGUGGUGACUCAGAAGAGCUGCUGCCUGCAGGGCAUGGGGGCAGUGCAGGGAGACCGCAAGGCCUGGAAGGUGGCCCUGGUGGCGGUGGCACUCUUCUGCCUGCUGGGAGCCACCUGGGCCCUAGCAUUCCUCACCCAUGGCACCUCCUCUGCACCCAUGCUCUACCUCUUCACCAUCCUCAACUCUCUCCAAGGAAUCUUCAUAUUCAUCUGGCUGGUCAUCCUCUACUAUCCGAAGAUGAAAGAGACUGCUGGGUCCCUCUCCCACAUCAUCAGACAUGGCAAAAUCACCACAGUCUCCCAGGACUGGCUAGACCUCCCUCCCUGCCUGUAUGUGCACCCACUGAGAGCAAGCUUCAAUCCUGAUGGAUGCAGCUUCCCCACGGAGGAUGAGGGCUCAGUUUACCAUGCCUCAGUUUAG